CCCCUCCAACAAGAAAAAGCCCAAGAAAGCCAGACAAAGCCUCCGCAACCAUACCAACCAUUUAUACCUCAGCACACCCCUUCAAUUUAAGCAAUCUAGCACAACUCAUUCACGAAGCUCACACUGCAUUUCCACACUCCCUUCCAUUCACUGCUCGUCCUCAUUCAGCAUUCAUCACCCGCGAACAUCAGCUCGCGAAUAAGUAGACAGCUGACCUUUAUAAUUCGUUAUUGAUUAAUGAAUUAUUAUCAUUAUCAUUACUAUUACCAUAUUUUAGAUUCCCCUUCAAACACAAAGAUCCUCUGUCUUUUAAGGUCGAGAUGUGGAAUUUAUGUAAUCUUACUUUCGACUCUUUGAUCAUUUAUCGAAAUCGAAAUUGAAAUCAUAAAUCCGGGACUGUUCGAGCGAUAAUAAAGUUAUAACCUUAUAAUCGACCGAAAAUGCCAGACAUAUCGCGGAAUCGAAUCGAAAUUUGGCGCAGCGAAGUAGAAUCGCAAUCAUCGUCGCAAUCGGGUAGGACGGGCCUAGAAGAUGUGGGGUGGAGUGCGCCUAUUGUGCGACCAGUGGGAUUUUGGAGACGGAUUUUCGGGCUGGGGUAUGGGGGGAGCGGAAGUGGUGUUGGCAAUGGUGAAAGUGGAAGUGGAAGUAUAAGCAGGACUGGGAAGAUUAUGAGUAUAGGACAAAGAUUGGGCUUGGUGAAGAAAGAGGUGGAAAGAACGGGGAUGUAUACGGUGAAGAGUAGGGAUGUGGAUGAGGUUGGAGGGAGAAGAGAGUUGGUGGGGAGAGAUAUGGAUAUCGAUGGGAGAAGUAGUAUGGAGCUUGAUGGGAGUGAGGAGAGUGCGAGAGAUGGGUUGAGGGAAAGGAAGAAUAGGCUGGAGAGAGCGGCUAGGCUAUUGGGGAAGAAUGAUGGGACGGAAGAGAAUGGACAGAGGAGUUGAUUUGACUUGCUUGUGGGAUUUUUGGUGGAUGUCACUGGAUUGAUGGCUGGUACAUCGUUGGAUCGUUAGAUGCAGAGUGGUAUGAUGAGACUUUCUCAGUACUGGAACGGGAUGAUGUUUCCUGCGGCGGUUCAUGCUGCGGAGCUUAUGCAUGCUUUUAUAAUGAUGAAUGAUGGGGAUAUGCGGUUACUAUGGAGUAAGCAAUACAGCGGGGCAUUAUUAGAUACAUGAUCGGCGUUGUAAGAAUUAUGACUAUAAUGAUUCAUGAAUUAUACACUUCUGAAGCCCAUAGGAUUGUACAUUAUCUCAAGUGUCAAAUAUGGAGUUAAUCUUAGAAUAUCUGUUCGUACGAGAAGUCUGGGACAAACACAUACAUAUAU